AUGGCUCAGACCAGGACUCUGGAGUCUACAUUACAGAGCACGGUGCAGAGUGCAGAGAACGGGAAAGACAUUUUAUUUCGAGGAGAUACAGAGGGUUCUCCUCUGACCAGUCUUUCUGCCAAAAUACGAGAAAUUGUCACCAGAAACCUGGAGGAGGAGGUAUCAGCAUUGCCCCUGGAGAUGACAUCUAUGCUGCCUCUUCAAGAAGAGAAUCGUAUUUUGCAACAGGAGUUAUCCCGUGUGGAGGACCUCCUGGCUCAGAGCCGAGCUGAGCGCGAUGAACUGGCGAUUAAAUACAAUGCCAUCAGUGAGCGGCUGGAGCAAGCCUUGAAGCUGGAGACGGGGGAGAGGGAGCGCGAAAGUCUGGAAAACAAGAGCCUAGCGCAGCAGAACAUCGAGCUACGGCGUCGCCUGGAGGAGGAACAGGCUUCUUAUAAACGCAAGCUUCAGGCCUACCAGGAGGGUCAGCAGCGGCAGGCCCAACUGGUCCAGAAACUUCAAUCCAAGGUCCUUCAGUACAAGAAGAAAUGUGGUGAGGUGGAGCAGCAACUGAUUGAGAAAGCCACAGAGCUGGAACAGCACCGACUCUCUAGCCAACUGGACCUCACAGAGUCACGACUGCGGCAGUCUGAAGAGGAACAGAGCAAUGAACUGGAAAACACCCUGAUCCGCUUGGAGGAAGAACAGCAGAGAAGUGCCAGCUUGACUCAAGUGAACUCCAUGCUCCGGGAGCAGUUAGACCAGGCGAACUCUGCCAACCUCGCCCUGAGUGAGGAUAUUCGCAAACUGACUGCCGACUGGACUAAGGCACGGGAGGAACUCGAGCAGAAGGAGGUGGAAUGGAGACAGGAAGAGGAGUCCUUUAACACGUAUUUCAGCAACGAACACAAUCGCCUGUUGACACUGUGGAGACAGGUUGUGGGCUUCAGACGUCACUUCUGUGAGAUAAAAUCGGCCAGUGAGCGGGAUCUCUCCGAGCUGCGGAACGAUCUGGCGAAAUCCUCGCGCACGAUCCACGCGUCAUGCCUGAACCUGAGCGGAUACCUGCAUUUGUCGGAGAGCAGCUCCACGGUGACGCUGGAGAAACAGUCGAUCCAGCUCGCUCAGCUCGAGGAACAGCUCCGGGACAAGGUGCGGGAAAUGAUCCAGCUCCAAGCCAAGUACGACCGGGAGAAAGCCGAGCAGAAUGCCAGGAUCACAGAAUUGAUGGUGACUGUCGAACAACAGACCACCCAGAAUAACGAGAAGGAGAAGACAAUCAACAGCCUGAACCAGAUGGUGGAGAAUCUGGAGGCAAGCCGAGCUGAGACCCAGGUUGGUCAGGAUGGAACUGAAAUCGAGUCUGCCAAAGCAGAGCUGGAGUCGCUGCAUCAAAUCCUCAGAGACAUCACACAGGUGGUCAUUUCUGAACGUGGGGCUCCCUUCCCGGCCGCUGAGCGGACCAGCGAGGUCACGGAAAUGGAUUCCUCCCUGCUCAGUCCCCUGGGGCUCACAUCCAGCCUGCGCACUCCCUCUCCACGGCGAUGGACCUCUCCCCGCCGCAGCCAUUCACCGCGACACAACCUCUCGCCAGGACUCUCGGACUCCAUGUACUCGGCUGUUCAAGCUGCUGUGCAGAAGAGGCAACUUCUGAUCCAGGAGCUCCGUGCAAAGCACGAGGUGUGCCAGGACACGGUGGCCAGUCUGAAGAAGCAGCUGGGCGACAGUGAGAAUGAGCGCCGGGGCCUGGAGCAACACAUCCUGAAGCUCAAGGAGGAAACUGAAGACUUGGUGCGAGCCAAGGAUGAUGCCAGGCGCGAUGCCAAUCGCUUCCGCUCCUCUACCGACCUGCUCGGAAGUGAGAAGUCGAACUUGGAAAAGUCUCUUCAGUCCCUGCAGCUGCAGAUGGAGACGGCGCGGCAGGAGAAUGAGAAAUUGCAGCUGGCCAACAGUGAACUCCAGCGACAGCGAGACAAUCUGGAGGACGAGAAGGAGGACAUUCUGAAGGACAAGGAGAGGGCGCAGAAGGAGAUCGAGCGAGACCACAAGAUGCUUGAGCAGAUGGAAGUAAAGAACUCAAGUAUGAAAAAGGAGUUGGUGCUGGUGAAGGAGGCCUUGAGCAAGGCAGCACUGGACAAGGAAGUGCUGGAGAAUGAGAAGGCCGGAAUUGAAGAGGCUCUAAGCAAGGUGGAGACUGCAAACGCUGAGAUGGAGCUCAUCCUGAACAAGCUGAGAGCAGAGCAGGCCUCCCUCCGGGAUUCUCUGACCAAGAUGAGCGCCUUCAACGAGGGUUUGGCCCAGGACAAAGUGCAGCUGAACAAGAUCAUCCUGGAGCUAGAGGAUGAAAAGGCCACGCUGCUGGGACAGAAGAAAGAAGUUGAACAGGAAAAGGCCUCGAUCCGCGAUGAGUUGGUGCGAUUGGAGCAAGAAAAGCUGGACCUGCAUACCGAACGUCACGGCCUGGACCACUCCCUGCAACUUGUGGAGCAAAGCCGGGAGAGGCUCGAGCAAGACCUGAUGACAUACCAGCGGGAGAAGGGGGAACUGCAGGGUCAGCUCGCACAGGUGACCCGGCAUAAGAACAGCCUGGCCGAGGAGCUGCUCGAGGUCCGCUGUGAGAUUGAACGCAGCAGCGAGUCCCUGCUCCGAGCUGCCAAAGAAAGGGAAGAACUGACCAGGGAGAAGGCCAAUCUGGUGGUUCAGAUCACAGCUUCUGAGCGUGAGAACAGGGCGCUGGCAGAUGAAGGGGCUGCUCUCAGGUCUGAGAAGGAGGCUCUGGAAACCACGUUGUUUGAUACCCAGCAGCAGCUGGUAAUCCUGGAGGCACGGAAAGAGCAGCUUCAGGGAGAGAAUCAGACUUUACUACUGGCUAAAGAGACUCUGCAAGUUGAGAGUAACCGUGUACAGAAGGAUAUAGAGAUCGAGAGGACCAAGGCAGAGCGAGACAAGGAGCUCCUCACGCAGAAACUCUCCCAAACCGAGCACGAGGCACAGGCGGCUCUGAGAAACGAGCAGACAGCCCACGAGGAGGAUGUGGAUCGACUGCAGCAAGAGAAGGAAGCCUUGCGUCUGAGGCUGGAAGAGGAGCGUGAGGAGAUUGUCCGUCAGCUGAAGCAAGAGCGGGAGGAGCUCUGUGUUCGCUUCGAAGUUGAGAAGGAGGAGUUAAGUGAAGAGAUCACGGCCCUGCAGCAGGAACGCGAUGAGACUCUGCUGCUAGCUGAAAACGAGAAGCAGCAGAUCUUGUCCUUGAAGGAGUCAGAGAAGGCGAUUCUCUCAGAAAAGCUGACCAAUACUCAGCGUGAGCUUGCCACCGUUUCAAUGGACCUGGAGCAGCUGAGGCGGGACACAAAUAGCCGACACGAACAGGACCGAAUCCAAAUUAACAACUUGACAUCGGAGUUGAAGGAUUUCCAUGCUCAAUUUGAAGAAGCUGUCACCGCCCACAAGCAAGAGAUGAAGAACCAGAACGAACAAGCCAAGGACCUGAUGAAACAGCGUGAAGCUGCCCUCCGAGAGGUGGAGGAGCUGAAGACACAGCUUCGAGUGGCCGAAGACACCCGUGAUGGCAUCCGACGCGAGCUGAUCGAAGCUCACCGGCAGAUCCGAGAGCAGCAGGAGACCCAGGAGGUGCAGCGCAAAGAGAUCACCGAUCUCCGACGGUCUGUAGCCGAUGAAAUGAAGGAGAAGGAGGCCGUGCAGAAAUCCAACCAGGACCUGCGGGGCAACAUCAAGAAAGCAGAGAGCGAAAAGAUCAGUUUGAAACGAGCUAAUGAGGAGAAGGAACAAAAGAUCUCUGUGCUGGAAGAGGCGAAAGUGAACAGCGAGAAGGAGUCGGCAGACCUUCGAGCAAGUCUCCGAGAAGUUGAGAAAUCCCGUCUGGAGGCGAGGCGCGAGCUGCAGGAGCUGCGCCGACAGGUGAAGAUGUUGGAUAGUGAAAACACGAAGAAGAGUAAGGAAGUGCUGGAGCUUCAGGCUCGUGUGACCCUGGACGAGCAGCGAGAGGAGGACAGUAGGCGUGAGUCGUUUGAACUAAAGCAGAAAAUAGUACAAACUGAAGCCAGCAGGGAAUCUGCUCGCAAAGAGGUGGCUAACCUUCAGCGCAAGGUAGCGGAAGUCGAACAGGAAUUCCACAUCCGGGAAAAGGAGCUGCUGGGCAACCUGGAAGAGGCCCAGGGAAUCGGGAAGAAGCUCCAGGACAACGCUCGCAAUCUGGAGUUGAAGUUGCAGAAAGCUCACAGCGAGAUCCACGAGCUCUGUAUGAAGCUGAGCGCAGCUGAGGGACGGAUAACCGGAUUGGAGGCCGAGUUGGCGCGGGUGGAGGGAAUGAAACGGGACGUGGAGUUCAAGCUGGGGAGUCUGCAUUCUGCACUUCGCCGCACUCUGGGCAUCAGCCGAACUGGACGGACGCAGAGUCCCGCGGUGAGGGGCCACAGCAUCUCACCCCAGAGACCACAGUCUCCCAUAAAAGGUUUUGAUGGCCCUUUUACUACCACAGUGGACGGUGGCCACGGCAACACAGUUCCUCAGACUGGAACCCCCGAGCGUAGCACCACGUCCCGCUCUGUAUCACCCGAACGCUCCUUCUCCCCGACCCGCAGUGAGCAACUUGUGGCUGACAUUGACCCAGAAGUGGUUCGGACAGCACUACGAGAAUUCCUUCAGGAACUGAGAGACACGCAGAGGGACCGGGAUGAAGCACACAUUCAGGUUUCUAACUUGAACAGACAGCUGAGGGAGAUGGAGUUUGAUCGGGACAGUGUCAACACUCGCUUACAGCAGCUGCAGAAAUCGUUGGCCGAAUGCGAGGAAGGUAAGCGGGGCAUUGAUGGGCGCCUGGCCAGCGCUCAGUCUGCACUUGGGCUGCAGGAGGAAGCAAUCCGUCGGAAUGAGCGCGAGCGCAAAGCGCUGCUCGAAAAGAUUGCAACGUUGGAGAGAACCAUCCAGUCAGCUGAUGGUGACCGGCGCAACACACAGGAAAAAUUGAGCAAAAUGAAAGCAAACGAGGCCAAGCUGGAGAACGACAAGCGCAAGCUGAAGGACUUUCUCGAUGUCUCCGAAAGCCGGGCCACCAAGCUGGAGCUGGCUCGCCGCUCACUGGAGGGGGAGCUGCAGAGGAUGAAACUGGUGGCUAGCGACCGAGAGACGGAGGCCCAGGUUCUUCAGGACCGCAUAGAAACCCUGCAGAGGCAGGUGGCGGACAGCCAGGCCAAGGCCAACAGCCUGCAGCUGACUGUGGACCGGCUGAACACCUCGCUCGCCAAAUCAGCGGAAGGGGAAAGCCACCUAAAGGACAAAGUGCAGAGCCUGUCGCUGCUGCUGUCUGAUAGGAUGGCCGGGGCGUCCGUGCUCCAGGACAAGGUGGCACAGCUACAGAAAGCACUAAGCAGCAGUGAACAUGAUCGCCGUAUCCUACACGAGCGUCUGGAGGCUGCGCGUCAAGCACUUAGCGAGACAAAGAAACAGAACAGCCUCCUUUUGGACAGGGUUCAGACCCUCCAGACUGAGCGGCAGGAAGGGGAGCAGCAGCGUGUGGAGCUGGAAUGUCAGCUCCAAAAGCAUCAGGAGAUGUUACACCAACGUCAGGAGGGGGACGAGAUCACACUGCGGAAUGUUCAGAAACUUCAGGAGGAGAAGCACCUUCUCCAGGAGCGGCUGAGUGUCCUGCAGCGUGCCGUCGCUCAGCUGGAGAAUGAGAAGCGUGAGCUGGAGAGGUCGUCAGUCCGCCUGGAGAAGGAUAAAAGUGCCCUGAAAAAGACACUGGACAAGGUAGAGCGCGAGAGACUGCGGACUGAGGAGGAUACGCUGCGCAUGUCCGCAGAGAAGGGGCGUCUGGAUCGUUCACUCACCACCGUGGAGCAGGAGCUGGUGGAAGCUCAGAGACAGACCCAGCAACUGCAAAAUCAGUCCUUUCAGGCCAGGGCAGACAGUAGGAGACCCAGCAGUUACCCUCGCCUGGUUUGUCCUGUCAAAGUAGUGUAUAUGGCGUGGCUGCUCUCGCACGUCAAUGACUACUUUGCGCCACAGAGCUGUCCUAUGGUUUCACUCUGUGUCGUUGUCUGUUACGUGCUGCAGGUUUCGACCUUGAAGGACCAACUGCAACAGGAACUCCGGAGACGCCAGCCUCAGUAUUCCCACUCCAUCCUGUCCGGGAACUAAUUCCGUCGUUGGUACUUCGCAGCAUCCAUAUGGAAGAAUAUCACCUUUCAUUCCCUUCAUCAACCACAACACAUGCCAUACCUCUGCUGACAGUAGAGUCACGGACCCCUUCGUCCACCCCAGUAACAUCUGAUCCAAAUCAACACCUCAGCAGCUGACUCAGUGUUCAGCGGACUCCCCAGCAGUCACCUUGACAUCAUUACAAGACAAGCUUCUUCAUUUGUUACCCUCGUGUUCCUUUUCCUAGAAGCAAGUCGCUACCACUUUCCUUAUGAAGGCCUGUCCCAACUGGCCAUUAUGUUUGGGGAAGUGAUCAAAGUAAUUUACCUUUUGACACCCUCUAGCAGGAAGUCUGGGCCACCCGAUUUGAAUCAAAUAUUUUGUGGCCUAGUUUUGUUCAGUGUCUGCCCUUCCCAUUUUAAUAACAAAAAUGGCAACAAAUUUCAAAUCUAUAAACCAAUUUUCAGGCUCAGGAGGAUUAAACACACUGAAAUGAGAUAAUUUAACUCCUAAACAUUGGUGUCAGGAAUUUAAACUUAAUGUACCGCAUAGCACAGGUCUGCAAGUGUUAAUCUCUGUCCUUCUCUUAAUGGUUAUCACAUCUAACAUUACAUUGUCUGACCUAAAAUGUCACCUCUUCUUUACACUGAUAAAACCUUUAGUUCUCUCAGGACAGUGACUUAAAAUGAA